CGAGAUACAGAGGACAAAGGUGAUGCCGAAUGCUGUGUGUCGCAGCAUGCAGGACCACUCAGAGGGCCGGCCGAUGAAGGUCAGAGAACACAGGAAACACAGAGUCAAGGAGAAGAGCAGCAGGAAGCUCAGCUCAGAGUUGUUGGCCCUGACAAUGGCAAAAGCGCCAACGCUGAUGGGGACAUUAUGUUGGGGGGAAUCUUCUCUUUCCACAGUAGCUGGAAAGACAGAUGGGAUACCUACAUACACAAACCACUGCCACUGGAAUGCACCAGCUUGAAUUUCAGAGGGUUCCAGUUUGCCCAGGCUAUGCUCUUUGCUAUAGAGGAGAUUAAUAACAGCACAGACCUAUUGCCUGGCAUCUCUCUGGGCUAUAGGAUCUAUGAUGCCUGUGGCUCAAUUGCCAAAAGUGUGAGGGUUGCACUGGCCUUGGCUAAUGAUAAUGACGUUGAAUCUAGACCCUCUGAGUCACCAUGUGCCAGACCUGCCCAAGUGCAGGCCAUUAUGGGAGCAAGUUCUUCCUCUCCUUGCAUGGCUAUAGCUACUGUCAUUGGACCGUUUCAUAUUCCGAUGAUCAGCCACUUUGCUACUUGUGCUUGUCUCAGUGAUAAAACCAAGUACCCAUCGUUCCUCAGAACAAUACCCAGUGACUAUUACCAGAGCAGAGCACUGGCACAGUUGGUCAAGUAUUUUGGUUGGACUUGGGUUGGAGCUAUUAGAUCAAAUAAUGAUUAUGGCAACAAUGGCAUGGCCACAUUCACAGAAACUGCCCAGCAGCUGGGUAUCUGUCUGGAGUACUCUGUAUCUUUCUUUAGAACAGAUCCACCAGACAAAAUACAAAAGAUAAUUAACAUUAUCAAGGCUUCCACUUCCAAGGUUAUUGUCGCUUUCCUCUCCCACAUGGAUAUGGAUGUGAUACUACACAGGUUGUCUCACGACAACUUGACUGGGUACCAGUGGGUAGGCACCGAGGGAUGGAUCUUUGAUUUCCAUACUGCAGCCAUGGAUAGGCAUCACAUUCUGGAUGGAGCCAUAGGCCUGUCCAUCCCCAAAGCAAACGUCAGUGGCAUGAGAGAGUUCAUGUUGAAUGUGAGGCCGCUCAAUUCAUCUAGUAAUGAAAUGUUUAGAGAGUUUUGGGAGACAUUAUUUAGCUGUAAGUUCAAGCAGUCAAAGUCAUCAGCAGUGAAUCAGAGAGAAUGUACUGGACAUGAAGAUCUGACUGGAGGGCAAAACAGCUUCACUGACAUGUCGCUCAUGCCUAUCUUUAACAAUGUCUAUAAAGGAGUGUAUGCUGUGGCCCACGCACUUCAUAAUAUUCUCAGCUGUAACAAAACAUGUAACAACAAGGUGCAGCUAGAUCCAUUUACGAUUUUACAGCACAUAAAAAACAUUCAGUUCAAAACCAAGGAAGGAGAUGAGGUAUACUUCAAUGAGAAUGGAGAUCCAGCAGCAAAGUAUGAAAUUAUAAAUUGGCAGCCAACAGAAAAUGACAUUGUGGACUUUGUCACAGUUGGACUUCAUGAUGCAUCUUUACCUGCCAACAAACAGCUAUAUUUGAAAAAAAAGUCUAUAACUUGGGCACAGAACUCACAACAGGUGCCUUUGUCGGUUUGCAGUGAAAAGUGUCUUCCAGGAACUCAUAAGGUUCUGCAAAAAGGAAAGCCUAUCUGCUGCUAUGACUGUAUAAGAUGUGCAGAGGGAGAAAUAAGCAACAUUACAGAUUCUAUCACCUGUGUGCGAUGCCACCCUGAUUUCUGGUCAAAUGAAAGAAGAGAUGCCUGUAUAAAGAAGGAGGCAGAGUUUCUAUCAUAUGAAGAGAUUAUGGGAGCACUGCUCACUGCAGCAUCUUUAUUUGGAACAUGCAUCACUGCUGUCGUGGCAAUAAUUUUCUUCAGAUAUAGGAAAACUCCCAUUGUCAGAGCCAACAACUCUGAGCUGAGCUUCCUGCUGCUCUUCUCCUUGACUCUGUGUUUCCUGUGUUCUCUGACCUUCAUAGCCCGGCCCUCUGAGUGGUCCUGCAUGCUGCGACACACAGCUUUCGGCAUCACCUUUGUCCUCUGUAUCUCUUGUGUUCUGGGUAAAACUAUAGUGGUGUUGAUGGCCUUCAGGGCCACACUUCCAGGUAGUAAUGUGAUGAAAUGGUUUGGGCCUACACAGCAGAGGCUCACUGUUCUGGGUUUCACUAUUAUACAGGUUCUCAUAUGUAUCCUCUGGUUAACAAUUUCUCCUCCUUUUCCUUUUAAGAAUUUUAAGGAAUUCAAGGACAAAAUCAUCUUAGAGUGUGCUCUGGGCUCCACUGUAGGCUUUUGGUCUGUACUUGGGUACAUAGGGCUCUUAGCUGUGUUAUGUUUCAUACUUGCUUUUUUGGCUCGGAAACUGCCUGACAAUUUCAAUGAAGCCAAAUUUAUCACCUUUAGCAUGUUGAUAUUUUGCACAGUCUGGAUCACAUUCAUUCCAGCGUAUGUCAGCUCUCCUGGGAAGUUUAGUGUAGCUGUGGAGAUAUUUGCUAUUCUGUCCUCCAGUUUUGGACUGCUCAUUUGUAUUUUCAUUCCAAAAUGUUAUAUUAUCUUACUGAAACCAGAGAAGAAUACAAAAAAGAAUAUAAUGGGGAAGCGGGAACCAAAGUCAUUUUGA